AUGUGGAUGAAAUUCGACUGUCAGACUCUUGGUGAUUAUCACGACUUGUAUCUCAAGACCGACGUGUUUCUCUUGGCUGACAUCUUUGAGAAUUUCAGAGUAGAAACUGCCAGAACGUAUCAGCUGGAUCCAGCAAAUUACUACACUCUGCCUGGAUUUGCCUGGGAUGCUCUGUUGAUGUACUCAGGUGUGUCCUUGGAAUUACUAACAGACUAUGAUCAGCACUUGUUUGUAGAAUCAGGAAUGAGAGGCGGUGUGUCGAUGGUCUCACAACGAUAUGCUGCUGCUAAUAAUCACUAUCAGGAGAAAUUUGAUGCUGAUCAGCCAUCGUCAUUUAUCCAGUAUCUCGAUGCCAACAAUCUCUAUGGUUGGGCAAUGUCACAACAUCUCCCAGUGUCUGAUUUUCGGUGGGAGAAACCAUCAGAGAAACUCCUGAACAAGAUACUGAAUACUCAAGAUGAUUCCUCAUCGGGGUAUAUCGUCGAGUGUGAUCUGGAAUAUCCACACGAACUUCAUGAGAAGCACAACGAUUAUCCAGUUGCUCCGGAACGUCUUUCCGUCAAUGAGGACAUGCUAUCUCCAUACCAGCAGGAGCUUGUUGAUAAACUCAAUUCUUCCGGAGUAGAUGCUCUCAAACUUGUACCAAACUUGAGGGACAAGACAAAGUACGUUCUCCAUUACCGAAACUUGAAACUCUACACUCAGCUCGGACUACGUUGUGUCAAAAUUCACCGUGCUCUGAAAUUUACUCAGACACCGUGGAUGAGAAACUACAUCGAGAAGAAUACAGACCUCCGGAAGAAGGCAAAGGAUGAUUUCUCUAAGGACUUCUAUAAACUGAUGAACAAUGCGGUGUUCGGGAAAACUAUGGAGAACGUUCGGAGGAGAGUCAACAUAAAAUUGUUGAGAAGUCGUGAGGAGAAAAAAAUCAAACAGCUUGUUGCCAAACCAACGUACAACCGCCAUGUGAUCUUCAACGAUGACCUGGUCGGGGUACAAAGUAACAGGACAAAGGUCGUCCUCAACAAGCCCAUAUAUGUUGGGAUGUCGAUUUUGGAUCUCUCAAAGACACUCAUGUAUGACUUUUACUACAAUCACCUGAAAGUGAUGUAUGGCUCUGAUGUGAGACUCUUGUACACCGAUACAGACAGCUUGGUUCUUCAUUUCUUUACUGAUGAUCUGUUUCAUGACAUGAGUGAGUUUCUUGAGAAGUAUGAUACAAGCAAUUAUGAUCAAUCACAUCCGUUAUAUUCCGAGAAAAACAAGAAAAUUGUUGGCCUGUUCAAAGAUGAACUCGGUGGAAAACUGAUCACUGAGUUUGUAGGACUUCGUUCCAAGAUGUACAGUUACUCUGGAAACCAUUCCUGGUUUCUAUAG